AUGCCGGCCUCAAUGCCUUCACCCUCGAUCCGAAUACCAAUCGAACUUCUCACGCCUACUGCCUUCAAUCAAUUCGGCACCGUCGUCGAGAACCCCGCAACAUCGCCGUCUACGAAGCUCCCCGUCCCUCACCGCAUACCACCCCCAGACAGCGUCCCCGCAAACCAGGGCUUCGCCACAAAGUAUCUCGAUGUCACUCACAUGUCAAAUCUGUACACUCUUGCCCCGAGCAAGAAGCCUGCGAAGGCUGUCAUGAAUAUGUUUGUGUGCAAACCGAGGGAGAUGAGACCACACGAGCCGAGCAUGAGUCUGCCAAGUUCCUGGGGAGACUUGGACAUUGAAGAUGAUGAGGAUGAAAACGGAGACUACGAGAGGCAGCUUCUUGACAUUGGCAUUCUGGAGCGACACCCGUUCACAACCCAGACGUUUAUCCCAAUGGGCCUUUCGCAACAGGACAGGCAUACACAGUACCUCGUCGUUGUCGCACCUACACUGCCUGCAAGCGCCUCGAGCAGAUACUCGGACAGACCACCGCCGUAUCCUACACCGAUGGUUAAGAGAAAGAAAAGCUUCAAGGAUAUGUUUGCAAGGGCGCGACCAAGUCCAUUUACAAACGAAGCAACGCCCCCACCGUCCCUAUUCUCACGACUACAUCCCUCCGCACGACCAAAAGGGCCGGGGCUGCCGGAUCUCAAAAACUUAAGGGCGUUCGUGGCGACGGGGAGCCAAGCUGUCACGUAUGGGGCGGGGACAUGGCAUGCGCCUAUGAUUGUUAUCGGCGAUCGAUCGAUUGAUUUUGUAGCCGUCCAAUUUGCAAAUGAUGUAGGGAUUGAAGAUUGCCAGGAGAUAUUCUUAAAACCGAACAGCACUGCGCAGGAAGGUGUUGUGGUUUUGGUAGAUACCGACUCCUCAGGCACAGUGCAAGUCAAGGCAGGAGUUGGCUCUGUGAAGGCAAGGUUAUAG